GUGAGCUGACAGAGUCAAGCAAGAAAAUACAAAAUGUGUAUUGAAGUGACGAACUUGUAGUAUUCAAGAUAUUUUGAUUGUAACAAAGAUAUCGAAAAAGAUGGAGCAUCCAUCUUCUAGUUUUUCGACCAAUCUUCACAGCUCGUGUGACUUAGAACUCUACUUCAUCAUCGCAAAAUUUCUUUCUGCUGGUCCCUGCAAGCGAUCUUCCGAAGUCCUGCUGAGAGAAAUACAAGAACACGGGUUAAUUCCUGAACGUUUGGAUUGGCAAGGAGACCAUCACAAACGAAGUUAUGCAGAAUUUGAGGCUCUACAUCCAGAUGUUACUCCCGACCACCUGGGGCUGCUGCUGUCACAACUCCGGUUUACGGUGGACAAAUUCCUCCCCAUCCCCCAUCUCACCCCCUCCCGCCCCUCCUUCCUCAGCAAGAGCAGACUUUCUCUCCUUCGUAGGACGCUGCACUCCCCGAAAAUUCUCUCCAGCAUUGAGCGCAUCCUGACUUCGCUGAGGUGGGGGGGCCACGACCCGCCCUGUAGGCCAGUGCUGGGUCCCAGCCUGCACGGUAUAAUAACGGCGCGCUCCCUGGGGGGUAGGCUCAACAAACGGCAUCUCUUCACUAAUACUUUCUACGCCAGCCGCCUGCAGCUCCACAAACGCACUGUUGGACACCUCUCGUCUGUUUACUGCGUUCUCUUUGAUAGAACUGGCAGGUACAUCGUGACGGGAUCAGACGACACCCUCGUGAAGGUGUGGAGCGUGCGUGACGGUCGGCUGCUAGCCACCCUGCGGGGCGCCGCUGGCGAGAUAAGCGACAUCGCUAUCGAUCCUGAGAACACAAUGGUCGCCGCGGGCUGCUGCGACAAGACCAUUCGCGUCUGGAACCUGCAGACCCUCAGCCCCGUGAGUCUUGUGGUGCUCCAUCGCCCCGUAGCCCCACGGAAACCUCUGAAGUACAACGAACGCGUACGCCCCGGGCACGCACAGCUCAUCUGCUGCUCGUUCAGCGCGGGAGGCACGAUGUUGGCGCUGGGUGGCGUCGAUCAUCACGUCAGGGUUUACCGGUUUGGCGGCUGCGACGGGCUCGAGAAGAUGAUCGAGCGCGCCGAGCACAGCGACUGUGUGGACAGCAUCCAGUGGUGCCACGAGGGCCUUGCCUUCGCCUCUGGGUCACGUGACGGCACGGCGCUCAUCUGGCGGUACAAGUGCCAAGCCUGGCACACCACCAGGCUUCAUAUGAACAUCACCGAGCCAGGAAACCCUCCCUCUCCCAAUGCAAGCAACUCAACCCCUGCUGCCUUUGCCGGUGUCAGCCGCUCCUCCAACGCCUCAUCGAAUUCUGUCGCGGUUGCGGACCAGAAAAAGGUUCUGGUGACGAUGGUGGGAUGGUCUCUGGAUGACGUGUACGUGGUGACGUGCAGCAGCGACCACCUCGUGCGUGUAUGGGACAGCACCAGCGGCAGCCUCGUCAGGCUCCUGACCGGCCACACGGACGACGCCUUCGUAGUAGAAGCUCACCCCACUGACGUGAACAUCGUGCUCACUGCUGGACACGACGGCCAGCUGAUGAUAUGGAACUUGAGGAGCGGCGCGUUGGUGUGUAGCUUCAAGAACGCCAUAGAAGGGCAGGGUCACGGGGCGCUCUUUGAUGCCAAGUGGUCGCCUGAUGGCUUGCAUGUCGCAGCCACUGACAGCCACGGCCACAUUUGUCUCUAUGGCAUGGGCACCAACGAGCUCUGCUAUAAGGUUCCUCAGGAAUUGUUCUUCCACACCGACUACCGCCCCCUGGUACGUGACAUCCAACAGUACGUUCUUGACGAACAGACGCAGCUGGCGCCCCACCUCAUGCCGCCGCCCUUCCUGGUCAACAUCGACGGCAACCCUUACCCUCCAGCCCUUCAGAGGCUCGUCCCGGGCAGAGAGAACUGUGAAGACACGAUGCUUGUGCCUAACGUUAUAUUUAAUGCUAAUGGUGAUCGUGAGGUGUUCGACGUGGCGGAGCUGAACGCAGUCAACGCCAUACACAAUCACGCCAACGCUGACUUGAACGGCGCUGCUGGUGCUGACGACGAUGAGGAAGACGAUGCUCCUCCCCUGCCUGCCCCACGUCCUCAGCCCCCUCCUCCUCCUCCUCCACCCCGACCGUCCGAUUCUCCGGGGUUCUUAUCCCCAGACAGCGUGGCGGCCCCUGAAGACCGGCCCCUGCUGGUAGACCAGAUGAUCGAGAGAUUCAUACGCGAGCAGCAGGAACAAAUCAACUUGUCUUUUGGCAGAAGUGAUAAUUUUGGUCCUGAUGAUCAGCUGCAAACAGAAUCCUUAUCAUCUGGCCUCCCCUUAGUAUCUCCCUCUCCAAUAACUCCGAGACCGUCCAGCUCGACUAACUUUACCUUCGGUUUACCUGGCACUUCAGCAGGCGACUCAAGAGUUCCUCCUCCCAUAAUUUCACCUCUUAUGGUGCCUAGAUCAUCGAGUGCUGCUAAUGGCCCGUCAUCCAGCUCUGAUGCGGGCCCCUCUACUUCAUUACCUCGACUUAGUCCAAUUGGAGCAUCGUUAUCCAACGAACGUCGCCUCAGCACAUCGGCUGAUGGAGAUGCACCACAUCGUCGUCUUUCUAGUUCAAGUUCAGCGAACCCUAAUCUUCCUGGACCAUCGGGUAUUAAUUCUCACAGCGAUCGAAGGACGAGUCACUCUGAUGCACUUCAUGAACGCCAUCGCAUCAGCUCUGGAGCAGAACACUCCUAUGCUGCUGUGGCCAGUAAUGUGGCGGCGUCACCAGGAGCCAGCAGGGGAGGAGCUCGCUUGGUAGGAGACGUUGAGGGGGUUCGACACAGCACCGGUGACUGGCAGAGGGAGUCUUUAGAAGUAAAUUGGACACCCCGCCGGGUCUUGGUGCGUCCCCUCUCCCCGUCCGUCCUCCGCGUGUCCAGGGAACGCCGUGUCCACCGUGCUGACCAAGAGGAGCAGUGCUAUUUAAGAGAGGCUGCUAAGCCACCUAUUUUGACGGACGGCAGCGACAAUAGCGGUCGUUUUGAUGGCAGGAACGAUGAUGUAUCGCCAAGAUCUGCCAGAAUGAGACGUCAGCAACAGCGGCGUCAACAGCAGCAACGACACGAAAACCUCACUCCUCCGUCCGUAGCUCGAAGUUCUAAUUCGUCUUCUGCAAGAGGCUCGAGACCGGCCAGAGGUACCACAGCGAGAUCCAGGAACACCGCAGAUGGGGGCAGAUCGUCCUACGCGACCCGGGCCAACAGAGAGGUGGGCAGAGGCCGUUACUCCCUCGAUUAUGAAGACCCUAAUGCAGUAGCAUCACACGACUCAAGUAACUCAGAAGAAUCGGAUCUCUCGAGUUCUUCUAACUCCAGCAGCUCUGGGGAGUCCAGUGAUUACUCAGACUGGACCGCAGAGCAGGGCGUGAAUCUUGAGCCUCCAAAGCGCACUGCUCAUCGUCAGAAGAAGAGUCCCUCGUCGCGCCGUAAGCUGCGUCACGCGCGGAACGCUGCCUCUGACGACAAUGACGAAGACGAGGAUCAAGUGAACACGUCGUCUGAACAACAAACGCGCAUCAGUAAAAGGGAAAGAAGGCGGAAUCCCAGGUACCUGGAAAGUGAUCAAGCCGAAGCACUGGGCGGCAGCAGCAGCAGUGAUGAGGAAGAGCCUCAGCUACCAACUCCGGCUCGUCAACGCAGGGAAGUUCGUGGCCGAGUUGACAACUUGAAUGAGUCGAGCGACUCUGAACCUGGCGAGAUUCCUGAAGCAUACCGUCCUCCUGAGUGGCUCACGGAGACGCAGCCUAAACGAGCGCCGUACUUCCCCCAGAUGGGCGACGAGCUCAUGUACUUCAUGCAGGGCCACAUGGCUUAUGCUCACGCCGUCGCCAAGAGGAAACUAUACAAUCUGGAUACAAAGUCAUUGCCUUGGAAUAAACCUAACUCUAAUAUAAAGGAGUGCGAGUAUGUUAAAAUAAUUGGCAUCAAAUACGAGAUCCGUCCUCCCCGGCUGUGCUGCCUCAAGCUCGCCAUCCUGAACGCUAACACUAACCGCAUCUCAACGGACACGUUCACGCUCAAGUAUCACGACAUCCCUGACGUGCUAGACUUCCUCGUGCUCAAACAAAUGCAUGAUGUUUCAGCUGCCAGAAACUGGCAAGUUGGGGACAGAUUCCGGUGUAUCAUAGACGACGCUUGGUGGCUGGGCACCGUGACACGACGUGAGCUCUCCAGCGAGGAGUGCCCUGAGUCGCUGUUCAUGUGUUAUUUCGUCACCUGGGACAACGGGGAGACGGAGAAACUCAGUCCCUGGGACAUGGAACCCAUCGGUGAUGUCGCCAAUGCAGACGAAAGUGGAGCUGGGAUAAACGUGAGUGCUGAGGAGCUAGAGCGACUUCGCUACAAAUGGACGUGUGAGGAUUGGCCUGAGGGCCGCGACGGCGCUGACGAGUGCAGCAGACUGGCCCACGGUCUGGGUCUCGUCAUGAGUCUCUCUGUGGCCGAGCCCUUCCUGGCGCCCGUUGACCUCAGCGUCUACCCCAACUAUGCCAUGAUCGUCGAGUACCCCAUGGAUCUCUCCACUAUCAAGAGUCGUUUGGAGAACGGAUUUUACCGGCGGCUGAACGCAGUACAAUUCGACGUUCGCUACAUAGCGACUAACGCCGAGAAGUUCAACCAGCGCGGCAGCAACAUCGUCAGACAAGCUAGGAUUGUUACUGAACUCUGCCUCGACCUCAUCAAGAACCCACUGUGUCGCGACCCCACGGCGCGUUACCACGAGAUCGCCAAGACCUACCACUCCCCCAACGCCUCCGACUUGGACGCUCCUGGACCUUCUGGGGCAUCCACGUCUACUGCCGGUCCUGGCAGGGGACGUGGCCGCCGAAGAGCUACAAGUACCCCGGGCAGCACGUGGCAGCAGCAGUGCCGGGAGGUUCUUCGUGCCGUCUUUGAACGCGAAGAUAGCAUGCCCUUUAGGUAUCCCGUUGACUUGGAACAAUACCCAGACUACGACCGAGUCAUUGAAGUACCCAUGGACCUCACGACCGUGCGGGAGGAGCUAGCGACGCAGUCCUAUGAGUCUCCCCACGAAUUCGCGGCCGAUGUUAGACUUAUUUUCUGUAACAGCAAAAGUUACAACACAAACAAAAAGUCUAAGAUUUAUUCAAUGACCGUCCGCUUGGAGGCGUUUUUUGAUGACAAGAUGAGAAGUGUCUUCGCGAACUAUCAAGCUCAAGAGAAAGCUCUGAAGAAGAACAGCAAGCGACUGUCUAAAUCUGGCCCGUCAACCCGCAAAGCGAAGUCCGCCUCCGCGGCUACCUCAACAUCCGCAGAAACUAGACCAUCAUCGUCAGUCACGUCGUCAACUCGUGGUCACACUUUACGAUCAACGCCGGGAAUCGGACGAGGAGUUUCGCUUAGCAAUCUAACGUCAGCGUCGGUGAGGUUACGACGUCUCACGAAUCAUCAGGAGUUUCAGUUUAGACCGUCUCGACUUGAGAGUGACAGUGGGGAGCAUGACUCAGACAAUGAGGAUGUGGAGAAUGACGAGGCUGCAGUCCCGGAAGACAGACAAGUAAGAAUUAACAAAACUCCGGAAGAGGAUGACGAUUCUCACGAAGGAGAAGAUUCUUUAGGUGCUAGAAGAUCUAAAAGAGUUGCCAAGUUGAAGAGACUGCAAAGCUCCGAUGAUUCAGAUGAAGACUAUUCCCCCGUUAAGAAACGAGUGAUGGAAGGAAGUGGGGGUCGUGGGCGGAGAAAAGCUUUGGCUGGGUCUUCAAAAGCUCAAGCAAGUGAGAGCAGCACUAGUAGUGUUGGUGUUCGUCCUCGUAUAACUGUUCAAUACCAAGAAGAUUCAGACUCUGCGCAGGAUGAUGAAUAUGGUGCACCGUCAUCGUUACACACUGCUACACUAAAUAAUUCGAAUGCUUCCAAGUCUGCUAAAGGUAAGACUGGCGGUGUUGGGUCUACUAAAAGAGUUGUCCUUAAGCUAAGUUUACCUCAAGAGAGCGAUCAGGCAGAUGUUGGGACUUCGGAAGACGUGUUGAAUGCUGCUGAUAAUAAUGAAGAUAAUGUUAGUGGCUCAGACGACGUCUGGGAUAAAAAAGACGCCGACGAUGGCAGUGAGCAGAAUGAAUCUGCGUCAGGCACGAGUGUCAAACGUAAACUGGCUGUUGAGAGCAGUGACGACGAAACAGAGCGAAAUAGUGCGAGAUCACCACCUGGAGAGGCUCGUGGGGAAAGUGUUGAAAACAGUGCCGAAGAAUCGGAAGACGAGGCAGCUGAUAAUGCAACUAAAGAAGCCGAGUCUACUUCAGAUGAUGUUAGUCGGAGACCUAAAAAAAGAAGAAAACUAAAUAUUAAAUCGGUUUCUUCAGAAAGUUCAGAUUCUGAUCAUCGUGGUGCGAGCCAGAAGUCAAAAACUCCGCUAGAAAACGGUAGAAAGUUGAACAAAAAGAAAGUGAUUCCAAAUAUUGGUAGGAAGAUGCCGAUAUAUGAAGGCAGUCUCUUGUCCGCUUUCGGUAAGAAGAAGCAGAAGGAGGACAGCGAGUUUGAGUGCGACGCAAACGAUUUUCAGUCUAGUGAAGAAUAUUCGGAGGAGGAAGUCGAAAAUAAAUCUAAGAAACUAGUGAGAAAAAAAUUGCCGCGUGUUCGUAAGUCGCGCCGAACUGUACUCGACGGAGACGACGUCGUUGACGACGAAGACUUCGUAGUGGAUGAUUCUGUGCAUCACAAGGAAAGGUCCGACGAAAGUAAUUCACUAUCUUCGUCAUCGUCAUCAUCUUCAUCUUCUUCAACAUCGUCGGACGAAGACCAGUCGGAAGAAAGUGACGAAAUAAUGUCCGGGAAUCAAAAAAAGAAAUUAAAAAAAGAUCAGCACCACAAACGCUCCAAAGGUGUAUUGAAAAGCAGCGCGGGUGCUGGGAAGAAAUUACCCCUCAAGUUCAAACCCGGUCAAACAUCGAAGAAUAAGCGCGGGGGAAAAUCUAAGGCUGGAAAACACAAAACCCGUAAAGAACCUUCAUCAUUGAAACGGAAGGCGUCGUGGCUUGCAGAUGACGAUGAGCCAUGUGACUACGAGAGCGGUGACGAAGUUAUGGAUGGAGAGGAAGUUAUCGGGACAGUGUCCUUCAACAGCGACGAUGACAACAGUGAAGGUUACUCUCCUAGAGGACGCGGUGCUGGCCCAGCAAAGAAAAGAGGAGGGCGAGGAGGUCGUCGGGGGGCCAGUACGGCAGGCUUCAGACGUGCCAUUGAUGCCUGUCAGGCAGAAGAGGUGCGGAAGAGCAGUCGUGGGCAGCGCAAAGUUCGUUACGAUGAAACAGAUGAUUUUUACGACGAGUUCGAUGAUCUCAAUGUUAGUAGUCGCGGCCGAGUAAGGCGAGCCAACACAAUGAUGAAGGACUUUAUUUGAGCAAUGAAAGCACGGACACUAGUUUCGAGAUAUUUUCGUGUUUUACCAUUCUAGCCUUAUACUUGCCAAGGGUUGUGAGGUCGAUUUAGUGUUUGUUAUGAUCACCGGUGCAUAGUGUUGUCAGAGUUUUUGUGUUCAGGCGCAUUUCUUGUUGUGCUGGACGUUAUAUAUUUUUUUUCUUGCUUAUGUUUUCGGCAUUAUGAUCCCAUUGACAUAAUUGAUUGUUGAUGCAUAAUACUGUGGCUUACAACCUUAUGCUUAUAUGUUACUAGGAGGGCGGGUGUGCUUUUGUAUAAUUUGAGAAUGGACAUAAUUUCGGUUAUUAGCAUACAAUCAUAUGCUAUUGUCAGUCCAUUAAAGUAUGCUUUAGCUGUAACAAUAAGAUUGCUACUUGAUGUAAUUGCAAAUGUAAUAUUUGAAAUCUACAAAAGAGUUUUCUUUGAGAGCAACGAGAUCGUUUACGUUUUUGUAACUUUGGUUUCCAAUGCCCUCUCUAUCUGCGUUUCCCGACCGGGGAAAUGAUUUUGUUUCUUCGGCUUCCUUCCAGAAAGAAUGUCCACAGUCCACGCGAUGUUGUACGGAAGAACAAUGCGGUCUGCUUCAAGCGCGCUGUUGUAAAAUUGUUCUAAUUGUUCAGGAAUAAACUACAUUGUGUAUCAAUGCUCUGAAUUGUUUUAAUUCAGUACGGCUUUUGAUUCUUAGUGUUUAAGGUAUUAUUAUUUUGUGAUGUGCAUCAAUGUAUUUCUAUUUAUUUUAUUUGCAUAGUACAAAGUUUGACCUUAGUUCGGUCUUAGUUUUUAGUUAACUUUUGUAUAGCGUAACAUUGAAGUGAGCAGAAUUGCCAGUAUUACGUAAA